AGACUAUACGUUUAGAACUAAUAUCGCCAACAAUGUGAACAAAACUAAUGAGAUAUAUUCUUUGUUUUUUCGAGAAGGGUUUUUUUAUUAUAUUCCGGCAGUGUUGGCUCCAUUGCAUGGGGGGUUUUGUGUUUUCAGUUUUCAGUGUUUCUAUUUUCGCGCUAAAUGGGAUGUAAUUUAAGGUUCUGUUUAUGAAGUGAAAAAUUCAAAUAUUUGAUGAGUUUCAAAUAAUCAGAUACUUGAAAAUAUUGAAUGCAGCCAUAAUAAUCGCAUUUAAAUGAAAAUGGAGGUAUCUUCAAGCAAGAAAAAGAGAUCUCAGACAUCAAUUCUAAAUUAUCAAUCUAAACGUCCUAGAGUUCUCGAGAAUGGCGAACAACAGAUGCGAGCUGGUGUUAUUACUAAUAUGGUAUUGAAGAACUUCAUGUGUCAUUCCCUAUUAGAAAUAAAUUUCACCAGUAAUGCUUCUGUUGUUGUUGGACAAAAUGGAAGUGGGAAAAGUGCUAUUUUAACAGCCCUUAUUCUUGGUUUAGGAGGGAAAGCCUCUUUGACUAAUCGGGGAACAAGUAUAAAAGGUUUUGUUAAAGCUGGUAAAAAUUCAGCAUCACUUGAAAUCACUCUAUGUAAUGAAGGACCCAUGGCAUACCGACCUAAAAUAUAUGGACCAUCUAUAACUAUUAUAAGAAAUUUCACUGCUUCUGGAGGUAGCUCAUACAGAAUAAAGAGUCAUACAGGGGAAAUAAUUUCAACACAAUCCAAAGAAAUUCAAAAUAUUACCACAAGUUUAAAUAUUCAAAUAGAUAAUCCAGUAUGCAUUCUUAACCAAGAUACAUCAAGAAAUUUCUUGAGCAGUAAUGAUCCGAAACAUAAAUUCAGUCUCUUCAUGAAAGCGACUAGACUAGAAACAUUAUCAAACGAGUAUAAGAAGGUUGAAGUAAACUUGAAAAAUUCAAAGGAUAUGCUGGAAGAUAAAACCAAUAAUAUAAGAAAACUGCAGGAAGAUAUUAGAAAUCUCAAAGCCAAAAUAGAGCAACAUAAAUCUGUGAGAAAUUUGAAAGAAGAAGAGGUUGCUCUACAAACUGAAAUAUUAUGGUCCAAAGUUAAGGAUUGUGAAAGUGAGUUGCAAGUUGAGACAGGUGAAGUUGAAAAGCUUGAAAAUAAAUGUGAAAACUUGAGAGAAAACAGUAAACAGAAAGCUCAUGAAGUGGAAAAAUUGAAAAAAUCCAUAAGCGGAAUUGAAAACCAGGUUAGGGAGUUGAAGAAUGCAAUAGCAGAACAAGAAAAACCCUAUAAUGAUGCUAAAAAAAGUUUAGAAAGACUGCAGUCUGUGUAUAAGGAAAAAUGCAGGGAAAAACAAUCAAUUAAAAAUUCCAUUAAGUCCAAACAUCAAGAUAUCAAAGUCUUGGAGCAAGAAAUUGCUAAUGCAAAUGAAAAUAAAGAUAAGGUGGAAGAGCAAAAAGCUCAAAGAGCGCAGAAUAUAUCAAAUCUGGAGCAAAAAUUGAAAGCCAAUGAAGAUAUAUUGCAAACUGCACGUAAUGAUAUUUUUCAGUUAAAAUCUGAUAUUGGCAGAAAGGAGGAAGAUGAAAAAAAUAUCAAACAGGAAAUAAGAGAACUGGAACGAGACAUAUCUAAAUAUCAAGAAAAGUUGGAUUCAGUGGAAAGUGAAAGUGGAAAUACUCUGCUUUUCUAUGGUCGUAAUAUACCCAGAGUGAAACAAUUGAUUGAGCAAUAUAAAAACAAGUUUCGUGCAGUUCCUAGGGGUCCACUUGGAAGCUACAUCAAACUCAAAGACAAAAAAUGGGCUGUAGCUGCUGAAGGUUAUAUUGGACCAAAUCUUCUGAAUUCUUUCAUUUGUGAUAAUAAAAAUGACAAUAACCUACUCUUACAAAUUUUCAAGAGCGCUGGAUUGAGUAAUUUUCCAACUGUAAUAACUUCUACAUUUUUCCAUAAGGUGCAUGAUAUAUCUAGGAAUCUAGUGCAAGCUCCUUACGAUUGCGUGAGCUUAUUUGAUAUUUUAGAAAUUGAGGAUCCUGUAGUUACAAACUGCUUAAUAGAUCAGUCAAGCGCCGAAGCAAUUCUACUGAUUCCCAACGAUGAACGAGCUAUGGAACUCCUUUCAAAUAGGGCAAAUGUACCCACAAAUUGUUUGCAAGGUGUAACAAUUAAGGGCGAUAAAUAUUAUCCUGACCCAAACUACAAAACUUAUUGCUCGGACUACCAUCAAGCACAAUAUUUGCAAACGGACUCUAGUGAACUGAUAAGAAAUUUGAAACAAAAAAUACAGAGUUUGCAAAAUCAAAAGCAGACUGUAAUAAAUCAGUACAAGAAAAUAAAAAAUGAUAUGAACAUUGAAAUCGAAAAGCUAAAGGAAUUGGAGACAAAAAUAAGAAGACUAACAACCAAUAGAUCUGAACUUCGUAGGGAGCUUGAUUCCAUCCGAUGUGCACCUGAGCCUGAAGCAGCAAAUAUCGACGUUUUGGAAAACGAAUUCAGGGAGAUCAAACAAGUUUUGAUUGAAAAAGCGGCUACCUUGGAGCAAUUGGAACAAGAUAUUCAGGAACUAAAAAAACCCAUGGAUGAAACAGAAACUCGAAUAACUAAGUUCAAGCAAAGUAUCAGAAAUCUUGAGGAAAGGCUCCCUCCUUUACAGGAACAAAUUCGAGAGAAAAACAUGAAGAUUCAUGAAUUAUCUACACAUGAUGAAUUUGAUAAUAGAAAACUAAGAGAAUGGGAAGAACGCUUGAAAGAACACAGAGCUGUAGUAGUUGCAAAACAAAUGAAUCUACGACAGUAUACAGAAACUGCUGAAAAAGUUGGUCCUAGACCACGUGACAUAAGGAGAGUGCAGGAUAUAGUUGAGAAAUUGAGAAAUCUUGAAAGAUCUAUUAGAAAGGUUCAAGCAUCAACAGAAAGUAUUGAAGAUAUUAUAGAGCAAUAUAAAAUUCUCCAGGAAAAAUUUUCCAAAUCUACAGAUAUUCUAAAAAAAUUGAAGGAAAAUGUUAGCGAACUCAAGAUGGCAUCGAACAUGAGAAAGAAGCAUUACAAAGCAACUGAGUCCUACUUUAUUAGUUAUAUCAAGCAUUCCUUCAAAAAAUUCUUGGAGUUCAGGAAAUUUCAGGGAUCUUUAGAUAUUGAUAUAGAACGAAAAAAGCUAGAACUUAUUGUCAAUCCUCAACAAGGAACACAAGGUGUGACAACAACUUCUAAUUUAUCUGGUGGUGAAAGAUCAUUUUCAACAGUUGCCUUCCUAUAUUCAUUGUGGCAAUGCAUGGAGUUUCCCUUUUAUUUCCUAGAUGAGUUCGAUGUAUAUAUGGAUAAACUUAAUAGGACCAAAGUUUUCGACAUCUUGCUCCAUCAUGCUUGUAGUAAGCCUCAGCUCCAAUUUGUAUUUUUAACACCUCAGGAUAUUUCUUUUUUGAAUAGAAAAGAAGUAACAGUAUUACGGCUAGAAGCUCCAAAGAGGCUGAUUGAUAGCUGAAAAGCUAAUUUUACACUUUUUUUCUAUGUUUUUUAUUGUUUUUUGUUCAAUAUUGUUGUUAAUAAAAAUAUUUACAUUAUUAACGGAAAGAGUUUAUAAAAGACUAUAAUAUAUUUUUGUACCAUUAAAAGAUAAAAUAGAGUACAAAUUUUCAUAUUA